AUGGUCACCACGUCCAGCGCGGUGCAGGCCCAGCCGCCCCCAGCCGCGGCGAGCGGGGAACCAGCUGUUCUAGACCGCAUGAAGGGCGCAGUUACCACUCUGCUGGAGUGCAUCGGCGAGGAUCCCAAGCGGGAGGGGCUCGUGGACACGCCAAAGAGGGUGGCCAAGGCCUGGCUGGACAUGACGCGGGGGAGCGGCCAGGAUCAUACAGGUGCCUUUGGCUCCGCGCUGUUCCACGAGCCCUGCCUGGCCGCCGCGUCCGACGGCCUGGUCCUGGUGCGCGACAUAACCUUCGCCGCGCUUUCCAGCUCCGCCCUGCUCCCCUUCUACGGCGCGGUGCACGUCGCAUACCUGCCCCGCCACGGCACCAUCCUGGGCCUGUCCAAGCUGGCGCGGGUGACCAAGGUCCUGGCGGCCCGCCUGCAGGACCAGGCGGGCUUUACGCGCUCCCUGCUGGCGGCCGUGGUCGCUGAGUUGGCGCCCGCCGGCGCCGCUGUGGUCUGCGUCGCGCGGCAGCUGGGCGGCAUCGAGGCGGAGAGCGGGCCACGCGUGACCUGCCUGGCCGCAGGUGCAUUGCGCCGCGCCGACCGCCUGAUAGAGCUGGAGGCGGUGCUGGAUCUGGCGCCGGGGUCGCUGGAUUUGGGAGCGGAGGGGGCGGCUGGGCUCGACACAGAGCUCCUGAUUGGGUCGGGGCCUGAUCACGUGGAUGCCGCGGUCCGCGUGCUGGUGGAAGGCGUGGCCGAGGCGCACGGCGCCAAGGUGGACGCCCGUGCUCUGGUCGCCAGCCGGCGCUACGUGGCCUGGCUGCUGCGCGCCACCGCCGGCUACGGCGCGGCAUUGCCACGCGGCGCCCCCGGCGCGCUCAUGGCCAGCCUGGCCCUGCCAGCGCCCACCCGCGCGGCACCCCACUCCGCGCUGCACCUCUCCUGCCACGCCUUCAGCUCGGAGUGCGAGCACCACCUGCUCCCCUUCCACGGCACCGUGGGCUUCGCGGUGCUGGGCGCCGCGCCGGACGCCGGCGCACUGCGCGCCGCCGUGGCGGCCUACUCCCGCCGCCUGCAGGUUCAGGAGCGGCUGACGCUCGCCGGCGGCGAGCGGCGGGAGCCCGGUGGCGCUGGGGCCCUGUGCUGA